GGGGAGUGAAGAAAGAGAAAGAAGGAAUCUCACCAAUUGGCUAUUGGGUCUGUUGAAUUGGAGACCAGCUUAUGAGACAAUGCUUGCUGUGAUAUUAUAAAGACACAAUUACCGACCCAAAAGAUUCUACCUCUUUUCAAGACCUCAGCCAAUUACGAACUACCAACACAGAUAAUUUACAUCUAAGUUUUCUGAUAUUGAUGCUUCCAACGCCAGUUAGCAUGGAUACCACAGAGUUCCGAAAGAGAGGGAAAGAGAUGGUGGACUACAUUGCGGAUUACUUCGAGCAGUUAGAAGAGAGACAGGUCUAUCCUGAUGUGGAACCGGGAUACCUGAGACCCCUCAUUCCAGACUCUGCACCUCAGGAACCUGAGAGCUUUGAGGAUGUCCUUAAAGAUGUUGAAAGGAUAAUUAUGCCAGGGGUGACCCACUGGCAUAGUCCAUACUUUUUUGCCUACUUUCCUACAGCCAGUUCCUUCCCAGCUCUUCUUGCUGAUGUAUUGUCUGGUGGCAUAGGAUGCAUUGGCUUCUCCUGGGCUGCAAGUCCUGCUUGCACAGAGCUGGAGACAGUCAUGCUGGAUUGGCUGGGAAAGAUGAUUAAUUUGCCUGAAGAGUUUUUAGCUGGGAAGGAUGGAGAAGGUGGAGGAGUCAUUCAGGGCAGUGCCAGCGAGGCUACUUUGGUUACAUUGCUUGCUGCCAGAACAAAAACAAUCAGACGUGUCCAAUCAGAAAACCCAGAAUUAACAGAGGUAGACAUCAUGAGCAAGUUGGUGGCCUAUGCAUCUGAUCAGGCCCACUCAUCAGUAGAAAGGGCAGGAUUAAUUGGUGGAGUGAAGAUUAAAAAUAUCCCUUCAGAUGAUAAAUUCACUGUUUGCGGCUCAGCCCUAAAGAAAGUUUUGCAUGAAGACAGAGCUGCAGGUCUUAUCCCAUUCUUUUUUUGUGCAACACUCGGAACCACACCUUGUUGCUCCUUUGACAGACUGUUAGAACUGGGUCCUAUUUGCAAUAAGGAGAAUAUCUGGAUGCAUAUUGAUGCAGCAUAUGCAGGGAGUGCUUUCAUCUGCCCUGAAUUCCGACAUCUCCUAAAUGGCGUGGAGUUUGCAGAUUCAUUUAACUUUAACCCGCACAAAUGGCUCCUAGUGAAUUUUGACUGCUCAGCUAUGUGGGUGAAGAAGAGAUCAGACUUAACAAAUGCCUUUAAAUUAGAUCCUCUUUACCUGCAGCAUUGCCAUCAGGAAUCUGGGCUUGUUACAGAUUACAGGCAUUGGCAGAUCCCUCUCGGCCGAAGGUUUCGUUCCCUGAAAAUGUGGUUUGUGUUUAGAAUGUAUGGAGUCAAGGGACUACAGGAGUACAUCCGUAAGCAUGUAAAACUGUCACAUGAAUUUGAAAACUUGGUACUUCAGGAUAAACGAUUUGAGAUCUGUGCUGAGGUCACACUGGGACUGGUGUGCUUCCGACUAAAGGGCUCCAAUGAACUGAAUGAGGCACUUCUUAAAAGCAUAAAUGAAGCCAGGAAGAUCCAUCUGGUUCCGUGUCACCUGAGAGAGAAGUUUGUGCUACGUUUUGCCAUUUGUUCCCGCACAGUGGAAUCUGUCCAUAUCCAAUUUGCCUGGAAGCACAUCUCAGAGCUAGCAACUGAACUUCUGAAUGCAUAGGACAAGCAGCAGCAGUGAGGAAUGGGGGUGGGUUAAAGGGUGUUAAUUGAUUUUCUCCAUGCUGCCAAGUUUUCUUUAGUGGGAGGGGGAAUUAUGAGGGGGGAAAUGUAACUAUUGAUAUUAUACUUGCCAAAUUACUGUCAGCAAAUUGUGUUGUAACAUGGUCUCCUGACUGCAUUAUACCAUGAUUAUGGCCCUGUAAAAAUUAGGGCUGUAAGGAGUUCUAUAAAUGGUUUUAACAGUUUGUUCUUGCCUAUGUAGACAGGACCAAAUUACCUUAUUAUAACACAGUUGGAGCACUAUCCUGUUACAGGUCUAUUUGUUACCAUGGUAGUUUUGCAAGUGGCCCUUUAAGACAUCUGCUUUCCUUGGUGGUGGCAGAGCCAAUGGUAAGAAAAGGAAUUAGAGAAACUCUAAUAGCUCCUAAUGUAACAAUUUUCUGUAUAGAUUCCUCUACCUUCCCUUAAAAAGGGUUAGCUUUGGAGGCAGCCAUCCUCUUAAAAUGCAAUGUUCUGCAUAUUGCUAAUUCUAUUUGCCUACACAGGUACUUCUGUGCCCUACAUCAGUGUAGUAUCUGACUGCCUAACUGGUGCUGCAAGUAAGUAGGGAACUAGAAACACUUUUUAACUGAGGAAUAGGCACAUUUUAUUUGGAUUUGACUUCAAUAAUAAAAUGUUUAUAGACCUGAUGUCACUGGAAUGUAGUGCUGGCCUAUUGGCAGGUAGAAGAACCAACUCAAAGCUUUAAAUAGUGAAAACAAUAGGUAUUUAAUUUUAAAGUGGUUUGUUCUCCUGACUACUUGAACAAAGCAAGGGAAGAAUAGACUGUUUCCUCACUCCCACCCACCCUCCCCACACACCACCACUUCCCACAGUGUAAUUCUUUGAACAUUUAAGAAUCCACUCCACUUAGAUGAAAAAUUGACCUAAAUCCAGAAAGCACUGCUCAGUCCAACUAGCUGGAUGGGGUGCUGGGAAGAAGCAGGAGUGGAGGAACCCACAGUGCUCCCCUGAGCUGAAGUAUGCUCUAGGUAUCCUUACAUUGCCUGUACCCUGUCUGGGAAGGGAGAACAGGAGAAUCUGCACAGCCUGAGACCAUUCGGCCCUUUCCCCAAGCACCCCAUUCCCUGCUCUCUUUUUCUCCUUGGGGUACAUAUCCCCUCCACACCCUUCCCACUUCCUCCCUGUACCUGGAUCUGCUGCCAAUGAUCCUACAGUGGCAGUGCUUUAAAUGUUUCUGUUGAUUUGAUAGACUUUAUGUUGAGAGACGUCCUACAAAUUGGUAGAAAUGUUUUAAGUGUGAGUGAUGUAUUAUAAUUAAUUUACAUUGAAAUGAUUUUUAAAAAAUCAUUAACAUCUCAUAAUAUUGAACAGCAAAAUUAUUAAAGUAUGAAUUUACUUUACAAACAUGUACUCAAAAUUGUAGAAAUUAUAUAACUUCCCAGACUGGACUGUGAAAAUAGUCUCGUCGGUUUUGUUCUCAUAUUCUCAUGUACCAGCACAAUGCUACUGUUCUGGGAUUUCUAACAUAUCAAGUACAUGUUUUACAACCAAUGCUACUUUCUUUCAUUAAAAGAAAAAAAUUAAAUCUUGAAAACAGAUGUUAGGUUCACACAUAUUUAAAAACAGAAAAAGUAAAGAUUAUACUUGAGCCUAACAUAAAUCUAUAUCAUGCUUACAGCAAUGUAAGUCUCAAAAAUUCAUUUGCUCUGAAGUCACAUAAAAGACCAUUAAUUACUAUGUAUCUUUGGGGCAUUGUUCAUCAUAUACAUUAUUAUUAAUGAUUAUUAGGGGAUUGGGCUGUCUUUGAAUUAUAUUUUAUGUUGAAUUAAAAAAAAAAUCAGUCUACUCCAUAGUGAUACAUCUUGAAAUAUUGUGUAAGGAUUUCAUGUGUGAUUGUAAUCUGUGCACUACCUGACACUUUUUAUGAAAUCAGUACACUCCCUCUGUAUUUCUAAAUUCAUUUCUGAGGAAACUAUUUAUUUUAAGAAUAAUCUGUAAACUAUGUUGUAUGACAUGAUACUAUGUGGUCUUUAAAGCUGCUAAUUUAUGUGGUGUAAUGUGUAACAAACCUCUUUGACAUAAUACCACUGUAAUUGUGACUGUAAAAUGUUGCUCCUGUUCCCACAUUAGUCAAAGAUGAUUUAUUGUUGCAUCACUGUCCGGUUUUGUUCCGGUAACUGUGGAGUAUGAAAUAUUACUUUCAGAAAUGUAAACCAUAAAUAUAAUUCAAGGUCCAUGUUAAAAAUAUGUGCCUACAAUUCCAAUAAACCCACAGAGUAAAGGAAAUGUGAAGUUCAAGCACUCCUUCAUUAUGUUACCCUAUAAAACUUAGAUAUUGCAGGGAAUGAGCCCCAGGACCACUGAUCUUAUUAAGACACUUAUUUAAAAUAUGAAUUCCAGACUGCCAUUUCUGGGGUAAACUAAAAGAAUAAAUGGAUAUCAAAGGAGCUAGAAUUCCCUGGAUCUGGAUGUUAAAAAAAACUGAUUUCAAAUGCAACAAAGAGAAGGAAGAUGUGGUAAAUCAGUCUGAAAAUCCAGGCAACCUUCAGGCAGGUGAUUGAGCCACUGUGCAAAGCACUGCUCUUGGCUACUCUAUUAUAAAUUCAGAGUAACUUCACUGACUUAAGUGGAGUUCAAGUGAAAUUAUAAGGGUAUAUGUAAGCACAGAAUGUGGUGCACUGUAUAUGGAUGAUCAACAGACUGAGUGAAGCUGAAGAUUUUAGCUGUCAUAUUGUUCCUCUUAAGUGUUUGCUUAAAAAAAAUACAUUAUUCUGGUCUCAAAACAAAGGAAGCUGCUUUGUUUUCUGGCUUCCUAGCCAAUAAGUCUCCCAUACUGAAAUAAUUUUUACAGACUUCACAUUAGAAAACACUUGUGUCUGGUAACCAGAGAAGAAUUACAGCUCCUCCACCAUAUGGACCAAUAUUUUUGUGCAGUAAGUAGAUAAACAGCUCUGUGCAGGACAAGACAAGUCAGAUUCUGAUGUUGGGUAUGGUAGGGUAAAUCGAAGAUAAUUCCACAGAAAUCAGUGGAGUUGCCUGGGUUUACUACUGUCACUGAAAUUAAAACCUGUCUGUCUCAUAGUAACUGAAUGGGAAGUGCAUAAUGGAAAGGAACACUGCACUGAUGGUGAGUUUUUACUAGACCGGAUCGGAAAAUUUCUGACAAAAUGAAAUUUCAUUGAGAAACAAAUACAUUUUCACCAAAAAGUUGUUUCCAUGCAGCUCUAAUCCAAACACGAAGUAAUCAUUUUGAAAAAAGGAUAGCCAUUUUUAUAACUGAAAUAUUCUAAAUGUAGUAAAAAAAAAUUUAAAUUAAUAAGAGAUUUUGCUCCAAUUGCUUUUUUUAAAACAAGAAGUGAAAGGUCUGUAGAUUUACAGUGCCCCUAACUUAGCAGCAAGCAGAAAUAUGGGUUUCAUAUUUACUUGUUUCUAAAUUCCAGGGGUGAGGUGGCUUGUUAUAGUUCAUAAGGAAAUGGUGAAGGCUUUUUUUUUUUUUUUACACCUUCCUGUGCCCUAUUUUCCCUUGGAAGGUAAAGGGUGGGUAGUUAAGGGAGGUAUAAUUGUUGCCUUAAAGUGUUGACUUUACUUUAUUGAAAAAAAAUACUCGGCCAUGUAAUCAAGUCAAGAACAAAAGCAUCAUUUGUGAAAACUAGGUGAUUAGAAGAAACACCAUAACCAUGGUGUUCCUCUUAAGCAGCUAUAAAAUCUAUUUGUGGGUGAAAUGGCUUCUGGAAACCAAUGUUAGGUCAAUGUGUGAACCCAGAUCCAUUGUGCCUUUUGUUCAAAAGCUGACACAAUCUGUGUUGAUUCAUUUGUCUAACAUUGAUGAUGACUAUGAAGCCUAGUAACAGCACUUUAGCAGAAUAUCCAAAUUCCACAGGAUAUAAUGUAGCUGCUAGAUGAGGGGAAAAAUAAAAUUAAUCAGGCAAUUUUGAAUAACUUUGCAGAUUUUUCUUAGCUAGUACAAUAUGUACAUUCUUACUGUGAUAGUAGAUUAAAAUAUAUUUAAUUACUGAUUCUAAAUCACUGAUUAUUGCUAAUAUGUAACACACUUGCCUGCAUUAAAAUUAUUACAGUUCUACUGUUUCCCUCUUGCCUUCUAGUACUGGAUUCUGUUCAUCAGUUAUUUUUCUUUGUUGUAAACUGCAAAGGUACCAUAUUCUGUGAGUGUUAUCAAUAGUACUCUUCCCCCCAUCCCUCCAGUUUGUCUUCUAUAACUGUGUUCUAAACCAGCUAGACACCCUUACACUUGAAAUGCUCAAGGACAGGGGCUAAAACAUACAAGUGAGAACAAAAAAGUUGAAAAAUUGAAGGUAAGGGGGAAACUAGAAUAACAUAAAUGAUGGUUAGUGCCUAACUUGAAUACCUGGAGUCGCUUGACUUUGGUUGGAAAAUGUUUAGAUUCUCUGUGUCUUUUUGUUGUAUGUUUGUGGUUAGAAAGCCUCUUUUACUUGAAAUCUGUAUGCAAAGCCUGUUAACCAAACAUGCAGAGCUUAUUGACAACAUUAAUAAACAAAAAUGAAGUCAU